UUCAACACUUUUUCUCGAAAUCUCACCGAACGUUUUUUAUUUUCUUUCCUUCUGUUUUCUCGAGAAAAUAUUGCUUUUUCCUGAGAAAAUCCAUUUUCUGUAGUUCACCUUCUUUUUACCCGCUUAAAUCCAGCGAUUACAUCCGGCUCAUUAGCAGCUUCUUCACGAACAGACUGAUGGAUCGGAGGAGGGCGGGCAGCCCAGUGUAUGGUCGCCAGUGGAGCGAAUCAUCGAACAGUACGGAAGCGACAUCGCCGGCGAUGUCUCCUGCUCACCGGAAGCAACUCGGAGGUAUUGGAGGUUUCUCCACCGUCAAGCGGACUCAGAACGUAGCUGCCAAAGCGGCUGCUCAACGAUUGGCUAAGGUUAUGGCCUUGCAGAACAAAGACAACGGAGACGAAGAUGAUGAUGAUGAAGACGAAGAUCUAAGUCUCAGAUUCGCAUCUCCUUCUCUUAAACCUGCUCGUCAUGCUCCUUCUUCUCUUUCCUCCACUGGAAGCAAUAGCAGCAACGGAAACAGUAAUUUGCCGGCGGUUUCCUUCGCUCCCCGAACUAGAUCGCCGUCGCCUGCGUUAGGCAGGAACUUCGCUGAACAAGUGCCUUCAGUGCGUUCUGCUUCGGCCGGAAGGCCGUCAAUGUCUGCUAGAUCCACGACCCCGACUCCUAAUCUAAUGCCGCCUAGCAGGGUGUCCGUGAAAACUCCGGUUUCUAUUCCACCACUUGAUCCUCCAACUAGGAGCAGAGAUAAAAGGUUUUUUGCUGAUGUACCAUCAGUAAAUUCAAAAGAAAAGGGUGAUCAGCGUGAAGCUUCAGCUCUUCGUGAUGAACUGGAUAUGCUACAAGAGGAGAAUGAGGUUGUAUUGGACAAGCUUCGUCGUGCGGAAGAAAAAAGGGUGGAAGCAGAAGCUAGGGCUAAGGAGCUUGAGAAACAGGUUGCCUCUCUUGGAGAAGGAGUGUCUCUGGAGGCGAAAUUAUUAAGCAGGAAGGAAGCAGCAUUGCGUCAAAGAGAGGCUGCUCUAAAUGCUGCAAAACAGAAAAAGAGUGGGAAAGAUGAGGAAAUUGUUUCCCUACGUGCAGAAUUUGAGAAUUUGAAAGACGAGGCUACAACUGCUGCUGAACGGCUUCAGGAAGCAGAAUCUGAAGCGAAGUCUCUUCGCACAAUGACUCAAAGGAUGAUUUUAACACAAGACGAAAUGGAAGAAGUAGUCCUGAAGAGAUGCUGGCUUGCCCGGUAUUGGGAUUUGGCUGUACAACAUGGUAUCUGUGCGGAUAUAGCACCAUCUAGGCAUGAGCACUGGUCAGCAUUGGCUCCUCUUCCAUUUGAGCUCGUCACCUCUGCCGCACAGAAAGCCAAGGAAUUAUCCUGGGAUAAAGGUAGGAAUGAUCGGAGUAAGGUUGCUAGAGAUUUGAGUGAUUUAACUGGAGAAGGAAAUAUUGAAAGUAUGCUUUCAGUUGAGAUGGGAUUGAGAGAGCUAGCAUCAUUAAAGGUCGAGGAUGCUGUUGUGCUUGCAUUCGCCCAGCAGAGAAAACUGAGUUUGGUUCGUCAAACUGUUUCUGAUUCCAAAGGUCAUGGAGAAUCCAGAUUUAUCGAUGCAUAUGAACUGGGUGAGGCGGAACAAGAAGAUGUUGCCUUUAAGCAGGCAUGGCUGAUGUACUUCUGGGGCAGAGCUAAGUUACACGGUGUGGAAGAAGACAUUGCAGAGGAACGUGUCCAGUUGUGGAUCAGCCGUAGCAGCGGGAAAUCUCAGACAACCUCUCAUGAUGCCUUGGAUGUGGAAAGAGGGUUGAUAGAGCUAAGGAAACUGGGAAUAGAGCAACAGUUGUGGGAAGCUUCUCGAAGAGAAAUCGAUCAGCUUCCUUCUCCUACUUCUUCGAAUCACGAUGUUGAUGCUGAUUCAUAGUAAAGUCUCUUCCUCUCUUUUGGUAAAAGAAAGAUUCGUUUUGUAUAUUUCUCUUCAUGUAAGUUUCACGAAGAAUCUAUGUGUGCCAUUGUUUUUCUUUGUUCCCUUUGUGUACACUCGAGUUUGUAAGCUUUGGUAUUCUUAUUUUCACGAUUAAGUCCAACAAUUUUGGGAAAAGAAAGAAAAAAAGUGUGAGUUACUGUAA